GCUCAAUGGUGUUCUCGUGGAAUGUGACACACUCGAUCUCACAGCCAGCGUGACCACUCACGCAAGCGAUUCUGCAUUUCGCAUUGCACAGAUGCCCCGGCAACGGACUGCCGCCGUUUCAGUUGUGCAAGCUUGGACAAUGUUGCCUUCGCCACUCUGGCACCCGAACGUCGAUCCAUCCUGAGAAGGGUGGCUGGCUCCGGGAUGAGAUCAAGCACGUAAGAUGUGCCUUCUAACGAGCUCUCUCAAUGCAAGGCCUCGGCGACCUUCAUCACAGGUACUCAACACGUACCCACCUUCUAGAGACAUAACCAACACAGAGAGACGCAUCAGUGCCAUUGAACCUGGAGUCUCAAUGUGCCAUCGAAUGACCGACAUUGGUCUGUAUCUAGGCCCUCGCAGCCUCGGACCUUUCGGCGGUGGCAGAGGGUCUUUCAGCGGCCUUGACACCUAUAGUCCCUUUUCCGCAUCUUGGGACACUUCCGGCUUCGUUCAUGACCAAGUCACUGCUGCUUUCUAUAAGGGUCUGGUCAACGGGGCACAGCUCGCAACCUACGGAGGUCAUGGAUCCGGAAGCGGCGGCUACCGGUCUGGCCGUGGCGGCGUAGGCAUGCCCAUGCUCGAUCCGCGAAUGAUGAUUGGAGGCGGAAUGAUGAUGAAUCCCCGCAUGGUGAUGAUGGGCUGUCCCAUGGUGGGUGGCGGUAUGGUGACCGGUAGCAUGAUGGGCGGCGGGCUUGUGGGAGACUUCUGUGGUCCAGGAGGUAUAGGCUCGAGACAUGGCUGUGGUUGGUGGUAAGGGACUGUCACCUAUAUCACUCGAUGUGCACGACGACAGGUGCGGGUCUACACUGCUAUGAAUGAUGGGGCACGGCGUUUCGAUCACUUCGAGUUUACUGCACUGGCAAUGUUCGCCCCAGCCAUGAGGCUUCUCGCACAUGUUUAUGAGAUACUCACAAAUGACUAUUUUCGCUAGGCUGAUGGUUGAGUCGCUUCAGAGGCCCCACGAGAAUGAAGUACACCAGAUCGCUCUGCGCCACAGUGUAUUUCCACUAAGGGUUGAAGUCAGCUUGCAUCACGUGCUUUGAUCGCCUUUCCGGAACACAACGGCACUCUUCCAUCGUUUCGGAGAUGUCGUAAGCUAAC